AUGAGCCUCAAUGACAUCAAGGCUUUCGUCGAGGCCGAGAUCAACAUUCCUCCCACAGCACAACACUUCCUUCACGAAGGUCGCCCUGUCACAGACACGUCAAUCACUCUGGCACAGAUGAAUGUACGCGAAGGGGAUGUAGUGGCGCUGGCAGUUCAGACGAGACAAAGAAGAAGAACGGCCAACGAGAAUACUACGGGUCAGCCAGCUCAGAGAGUUCGAAGUGGCAAUGACCCCGAGCAGCUGAGAUUGCGUAUCUUGGGCGACUCACACCUGCUGGCAGAAUGUCAGAGACAAGAUCCUGAACUGGCAGCUGCAUGCUCAGACCGACAAAAGUUCCACGAUCUUUGGAGUUUAAGACAGAGGCAGAAUGAGGAGGCUCAGCGGCAGAAAGAGGAGCAGAUUGCAUUACUACAAGCCGAUCCGUUCAACGUUGAAGCUCAGCAGAAGAUUGAAGAAAUGAUACGACAGGAGCGUGUCGCCGAGAAUCUACAAAAAGCCAUGGAGGAGAACCCAGAGUCGUUUGGCAGGGUCACAAUGCUGUACAUCGAUGUCACGGUAAACAAUGUUCCCAUCAAGGCAUUCGUCGAUUCCGGUGCUCAGACGACUAUCAUGUCUCCAUCGGCUGCAGAGCGGUGUGGAAUCCUUCGACUAAUCGACAAGCGAUAUGGCGGAAUAGCAAGAGGAGUUGGUACGGCGACAAUUCUUGGACGUGUACAUUCCGCCGAUAUCCAGAUCGGGCAGUAUAACCUCGCCAGCAGUUUCACUGUCAUGGAGGGCAAGGACGUGGAUUUACUGCUGGGACUUGAUAUGCUCAAGCGCCAUCAAAUGUGCAUUGACCUCAAGAAAAACUGCCUCCGGGUACAGGAAGACGAAAUUCCAUUCCUACCCGAGAGCGACAUACCCAAAAUGAUGGAGGAAAUCCUCGAGAAUGAACCAAAAGUGGCAGGUCCAGAUGGGUCAACGAUCGGGGCCACGACUGGUACAGUCGAGCCACACACUGAAUCCUCAACCAGCAGCGAGCCGACUGCUGGACCGAGUGGCACUUCGGCACAACCGUCCUCGUCACAAUCUGGCGCGGCAACUGGUAAUUUUGGCCAGUCGCAACCGAUAACUCCAGAGUCCAUCGCGAAGGUGACAGAGCUGGGAUUCACGCGAGAGGAAGCGAUCGCUGCCCUGAGACAAGUGGACGGCAACGUAGAAUUGGCAAUUGGACUCCUCAUAUGA